CAGGGUUGGUAAUUUCGAAGAAAGACAAUGGAGCCAAUGUGAAGGUCAUGACAAUGUCCGGCUCUGACUGGAAAUGGCCAGCAAAAGAAGACAAACUAUUUUAUGAAAAUGAGGAUAUUCUACGAAACAUCAAACCUCCGGUCUUAAAAAAUGCCCGAGGGCUGUAUUCGGUGCCAGAAAUUAAAUUUUACAGGAAACACUUGGCAGUCUAAGAUCUUUCCUCACUAACUUACUUAGUUAUUAAAUUUGAAACUUUUUAACUACCAAUUUUACCUCAUGGUGCGUAGAGAAUAUUUAAGUAACUACCUUGAAGUUUUC